CUAUAUAAAUGCAAACUCCUGCCUUCCUUUGAAGAAGUCCUAAAAGUAAUAUCUUGAUAGGCAUCAACUGGAAGACAGACGCUCCUCGCAAAGUUCAAAAACCAUCCAAGGAUAUACCAAUUACGCACAGAUUCUCCUCGCCACUUUUUGACAUGAAGCUCAAUUUUCUCGUCACCACCGUGGCUCUGCUCGUUGCCUUUCCACCACCGUAUGAAUGUAGAGCCAUCGAAGGCAGCUCCAACCAGCCAGCCACGGACCCCGAUGGAGAGCGACAGUCCCCGCCGGUUUUGGCACGCUUAGGGGAGGAGUACUUCAUCCGGCUCGGUAACAGAAACCAGAAUUAUCUCCGAUCCCCAGCCGACAGCUUCCCCGAGACAUCCAAAUAUUCCAAAAGAGCACUGCAGCUCCAGUUAACGCAGCGUCUGUUGGAGGGGAAAGUUGGGAACAUCGGUCGCUUGGAUGGCAAUUACGCGCUCCGGGCGCUCGACUCAGUGGAGAGGGAGCGCAGGUCGGAGGAGCCGCCGAUUUCCCUGGAUCUGACCUUUCAUCUGCUACGAGAAGUACUGGAGAUGGCCAGAGCCGAACAAAUGGCCCAGCAAGCUCACAGCAACCGCAAAAUGAUGGAAAUAUUCGGGAAGUAACCAUGAGCAAACCCAUUAGCCAAAGAUAUUUUUACAUUUAGCACAGACAUGAAUAUUCUGUACCAUAGUGCUGCUUUUCCAUCAUGAUCUAUUUAUACCGGUGACUUAUUUAUUUGUAGAUAUUUCACUGAAGACGAAUAGAGCACACUAGGUGUAUAUGAAGCGCAAAACUGUCAUCACUCUCCAUCAAUGUUAUUGUAUAAGUGAUCAUUCAGAACUGUAGAUGAAGAAAACGUUUGAGUUUCUUUAAAAAAAAGACAAUAUUUUCCAGUACUGUAUUUUGCUUAAUUUAUCUGACAGACUUGAGUUUCAUUGUAACAUACAGUACAUUGUUUAAGUUUGUUAAUAAACUAAUGAGCAACCAUUCAUUUUUGUUGUGCAAGAGAAUGUCUUAUAUUUAUAUUUUUCAAUAAAACUUUGAAAGCCA